CGCGCCCGGCGCGGGAGUGUUCAUCACGGCCCGCGCUGCUCGCGCCACUAAAUCCGCCCUCGGCGCGCCGCGAUCCACGACGAGCACCGUUUACCGAGCGCGUCCCGGUGUUGCGAGUACUCUGCGCGUCCCCGGGCUCCUUCUUCUGAGGGAAACCGGACGGAUAGUUUGUAUUUUGCUCGAUGGAUGUCGACUAAAGUCAUCGGCGAUUAAUUUUGUGCUAAUGCUAAGAUUAGCUUCAACGGAACCGAACCAUACUAGCGCAGAAAUAUCACCGUGACGUUUUAUUGAGUCGAAACGAUAUUGAGACGAUGGUAAAUGAAUCUUUAAAGAGAGAAUGAAAGUUGUUUAGUGUUUAAAUGAAGAUGUUUGUCGUUUGUGGCUCGUGUCGAUUCAUUCAGAGCAUCAUCAUGUGUCCUUCAAGAAAGCUGCUCCAGUAUGUCAGAAACUGUGAAGUAUGUGGACGAUGAGCACAAGACCAUCUUUCUGAAGUUACUGAACGAGCAGAGAUUGGAGGGCGAGCACUGUGACAUCGCGGUCGUCGUGGAGGAUGUGAAGUUCAGAGCGCAUCGUUGCGUGUUAGCCGCAUGCAGCAACUACUUCAAAAAACUCUUCAAAAAGCACGAGGUGGACAGCUCGUCCGUCAUCGAGAUCGACUUCAUCCGCUCGGACAUCUUCGAAGAAGUUCUCAAUUACAUGUACACCGCAAAGAUAUCUGUGAAGAAGAAAGACGUCAACCUCAUGAUGUCCUCGGGACAGAUCCUCGGAAUCCGUUUCUUGGAUAAGCUCUGUUCUCAGAAACGAGACAUGUCCCCCGACGAGAAGAACGACCCCAGAAAUGCCAAAUUUCCGUACGACAUGGAAGAUCACGGAAAAUUUCCACCCUGAGGAUCCGCCGUAAAUCAAGACGGCGACGUCCAGGUGCUCGGGGACCAGGACGAUCCGCCGUCGGACGAUAUCGUGGAGGAGACCCAAGGCAAUCACGACCUGGACAAGUCGCCCAACAACGCCCUGCGAGUACAGGAGGCCAUCCUGAAGGAACUGGCGCAGGAGGAGGUACACAAGGUCGCCUGCUACGACCAGGAGGUGGAGGCGAUGGACGCCGAACCCAAAGAACUGGCCGCUCACACCCAGACGCUCUCGUUCGCCGACAGCAUGGGCGACGUGAAAGACGAGCAGCCCCCGGGCUGGAGCACGGCCACGGCCGACAUGAAGUUCGAGUAUCUGCUCUACGGCCACCGAGAUCAGCUGGCCUGCCACGUGUGCGGCAAGACUUUCCUCGACGAGAACCGCUUGAGAAAACACGAGAAGCUGCACUCGGCCGACAGGCCGUUCGUUUGCGAGAUCUGCACCAAAGCGUUCACCACGCAGGCUCAUUUAAAAGAACAUUUGAAAAUCCACACGGGCUUCAAGCCGUAUCGCUGCGACGACUGCGGCAAGUCCUUCAUCCGCGCCCCCGACCUGAAGAAACACGAGCGGGUGCACAGCAACGAGCGACCCUUCUCCUGCCAAAUGUGCGAAAAGGCCUUCAAGCACAAGUCCCACUUGAAGGACCACGAGCGGCGCCACCGAGGAGAGAAACCCUUCGUCUGCGGCUCGUGCACUAAAGCCUUCGCCAAAGCGUCGGACCUGAAGAGGCACGAGAACAACAUGCACAGCGAACGCAAACAGUUGAGCGGCGCGGGCGGCCUGCAGAGCGAGACGGAGCAGCUUCAGGCCGCAGCUAUGGCCGCAGAAGCCGAACAGCAGCUGGAGUCUAUAGCGUGCUCCUAACACGCUCUUCACACGAACACUUUUACUGAGCUGUUGUAGUCUUAUUAUUCCAGAACUGUUUGAAUCUCGCAUCUUGUUAGUCAAUCUUGUUUUUUUUUCUUCUAGUUUUAGACAGAACUUGAUUCACACCGAUCAAUUUUCUCUUUUUUUAUGUAAAUGGUGCAUUUUUCUCUUACUGUACAGUUCAUACCAAAUGUACGCGAGUAUUUAUGGAAGCUGGAGGGACGAUGAAUUAAUCUGCCUUACACAGAAUGAAACUGUACGCAUGGAUGACAGACGGCAGGAAGUAUUUGGAUCCAUACGCCUUCAUUCCAUCACUUUCUUGCAGAAAGAUGUGAAGAUUUACACACUGAAAUAUUUUUGCUGUAAUAAAAGACUCAUGAAUCAUU